UCGCGUUGUAUUUUGUUCUCUCGUUUUAAUCGUUUCUCUCGUCUUAUUUUCUGAAAUUUUUCUAAAAAAUUUUUGCUUGACUUUUUUUUAUUUUUUCAAAUUAAAUUUUCUUUUUAGACAAAUGAACUAUAGACUUUUUUGAUAUUUACGAAGAUUUUCAUUAAAAAUGAGUACAGAUGAACAACAAUCAAAUGAUCGAAUUCUUCAUGCAAAAAAUUUGUUGAAGAAAUUCCAAUCAAAGCACACUCAACGUGCCGAAGAUUUUAAUUCAUUUAAUUCUUCAAAUGGUUUGGAAAUUUGUAUUGACCAUAAUAUUUUACAAAAUUCAAAUAAUUCUUGCUCUUCCUCCCCUUCAAUUCUUCCAAAUUUUUCAAAAUCUGCGAGCGAAACGAGAACACUUUUAAAUGAUGGAAAUUUAAUUAAUGGACCUACAGGAAGUUUUACAAGUGAAUUACUUCCGUUUAAUCAAAGGGAUGAGGGAAAUCAGGUUAGGUGCUACUCUGUGCCUGAAAAUUUGAGAAUUGAAGAGGGAGAUUUGAACGGAUCAAGGAGUUUAUUGAUCCAAAAACAAGAAGAAUUGGCCACUGCUCUUUCAAAACUUAAUUCACUUCAUUCAAGUUAUUCAGAAUUAUAUAAUGCCUAUAAUCAAUUAGUGGAGAAAAAUAAUAAUGAUUUGGAUGGAAGAGAGACUCCAGUACAUAUUAACAAUCAAAUACAACAAUUACAAAUUGCUUUAACCCACUCAUUAGAAGAAAAAACUAAUUUACAAAAAGAAUUGAGAGAAUUAAAAACAAAAAUGGAAGAAUUACAAAAUUUAAAAAAUGCUCCUUUACAAAAUCAAAAAAAUGAUUUGUUGACAACUUCCUCGACAACAAAUUUAAUAAAAAAUGACAAUUUUUCUGAUUUACGUUUAGCAAAUAUUCAACAAGAAAGGGAUGAAUUACUUUCAACUGUUUCCAAUCUUUCACAACAAAUUGAAGAAGAAAGGAAAUUAUCUUCAAAUUUGGAAGCUAAACUUUUUUUGGCACAACAAGACAAAAUGGAUACACAGGUUUUUUAUUCUAAAAUUUUAUUUUUUGGGGUUUGUGGGCUCUUUAAAAGUAGAUGCAGUACUUAAUUCUUGACGGAUUUUCCUGAGCCCGAAUUCCAAAUCCGUUUCAGCAUUUUAGAAUUAUUUUCGGCCCCCAUUAACCCAGAAAAAUUCGUCUUAUACAAUCCGUUUGUAUUUACAUAACCGGUGCCGGACCCAGUAAAAUUAUUUCUCUUAGCAGCAGUUAAAGGUGUCCUUUUUUCUCCCUUUUGAAAGCCUUGUAGA